UUUUGCAGGACGCAACGUAACACACGCGGUCACGCUCCGAUGGAUCCCACAAGCUCGUUUUGAGCUACAUGGCUACGGCGAGGUUGAGCGUAGUAGGGGCAAAGUAGUCAAUGUAAACGUUAAAAAAGAAAAAGCAAGAAUCUCGGCACUUUGUGUCAAAUAUGGUGGCCCACAACACCGCACAAUUACAAGAACGGUAUUGAUAAACUUAAAGGUUAAAGUAAAAAUGAGCCCCCCCCUCCCCCCAAUAGGUUUAGACAAGUUUUGGCACUGCAAAAAAAGUAAUAAUCAUGAAAAUCUGUUGAUAAAUAAGCAUGAAGCGAUUUAAUGUAAAUAUUCAGACAUUGCCUUUAGAUAGGUACCUCGCCCCUGCUAACAUGGCCGCCACGCAGGCAGGUUGAUUAGUCUUCGCAGGAAGCUGCAGCAUGUGGACUCCGUUUUUCCUGGGACUGUGUCACUGGCAGUAGGAAUGCGCUGGUUCGGCUUCGGAUUCAACGCCUUUGGACAGAUACAUGCGGCUGAUCUUACUAUCGACGACGGCACCCCCAAUGGAAUUAAAGUGAUCACACCGAGAGAAUUGAAGUGUCAUGUUGACGGAAGCUGCUGUAAGAAAACAAGUGGACUCCGAGCGAGUUGGAGUCGGAGAGCAUCCCUCCAUUCGAAUGGUGCUCCCUCUUUGUGCUUGGCAGGUUUCAACGCUGCGAGGGGGGUUGACGUGACGGGGUGCACGGACGCUCUUAUCGGGGAGUCUUUCUUAGUCCUCGCUUUUCCGGACAGAUUUGAGUCAUGGCACAUGGACAACGACGAGAAGACGACUCCUGUAUGGAGCAUGGAAAUCAAAACAACGUCUGAUAGUGCUGGGCCAUCUCUGAAUCUGCCAUUAAUCCCUGAUGGUUACAUUGCCAUAAACCCCCCCUUCUACCUACCAUUAUCCCCACACCUGAAGGCCACUAGGCUGGCAGUGGGUGCAGAGCACAGCGUUCUCCUCAGUGCUUCUGGAGCUGUGUACACGUGGGGGCUUGGCAGUCAUGGUCAGUUAGGGCACGGGGGGCUAUCAUCUGAAGAGCACCCCAGGGUAGUGGAGGCCCUAUGGGGCAUGACCAUGAGCAGUGUUGCCACAGGAGGCUGGCACACCGUCUGUGUUAGUGAUGGGGGUGACCUGUAUGUGUGGGGCUGGAACGAGAGUGGCCAGCUUGGACUUCCCUCGCGAGGUGUGAGGAGUGGACAGCAGACUCAAAGUAGUCAAGCAGCAGCAGAUAAUACGCUGGAGGAAGAGAAGGAGAAAGACGUGUUUAUAUCCAUCCAGGCAUUCCCGGCACUCUUGGACAUCACUCCAUCGUGUGAGGUGACAACGGUUGGCUGUGGCUCACGACACACAGCUGCAGUGACAACCACAGGUGAUCUCUACACAUGGGGAUGGGGGGCAAUUUCCUUGUCUUUCGCUCAGGUCAGUACGGUCAGCUGGGAUAUGAAGCAUCGUGUUCAGACGUGCCGCACCAUGUGGAGUUCUUCACAAAACAACAGAUGCGUGUCGUCAAUGUCACAUGUGGGGCGUGGAAUACUUUUGCCGCUGUAGUCAAGGAGGAAGUGGCUGCCUCUUAAAUAUUAUGGAAUCCAAUGGACAGGGAUGAGAAUUUUCCGCCGAUCGGCGGAUUUCCGAUUUUUUUCAGACCAAAAUGUCCAUUCUCGAGAUAACCCCAAAUCCGUUGAGAAAAUUUCAGAGGGGGUAGGGUAUCGUGCGCCUGCCUCUCAGUGGUGGGCUCCGAGCUGCAAGUUCGGCUUAGUGCUAGCACAAGCACGACUAUCAUAUGCUGUUCUAACUUGCUCGGUAUUGUAAAUAUUUGCAUUUUGUGACAUAAACAUUAAAACUUGUUUGCGGUAAAUUACUCGAUUGGACAACAGAGUUAUACAGUAUAACGAUCCAAUCGUGUUAGUGGUUAAUCGAGUUUCACCAUUGCCAUGUACAUGUGUUCUCGGUUCUCAGAAAUCGCAGUGUAACUUGUUAGUUAGCCAAGUAACGGCGCGUGGGACUUAGAUCGCGCGAACUGAGCGACGGUGUGUUCAAAGUUUUACGAUGGUGAAAGUAUUGGGGAAAAAAAGAAUGAAGAUCGAGCGAGGGCAAUUGACAAGGAUGCUGGAAUCAAAAACUGUUUCAGACGGGCAUGGCUUGAAAAAGUGUAACCGUGCAGAUGGGACCGAAAACGGUAUCAACAUGUCUAACCGAACACAUACAAAAAGUGGACACUCCUGGCAAAGUGCUGUACACUCUGUUCCGAUAGGAGCAAAAAAUAUCCAGGAGGAAACUCAACACCCACCCACCCCCACCUCCAUCGGCAUACAUUUUCUGUGUUUUUCCAAAUUGGUCAUUCUCAUCCCUGUAUGGAUAAACAUGGACUUUGCACUAUAAUGUCUUUAGGGAACUGACAACUUAGACUUGAAUUAAAGUAUUUGUACAUGUACAAGAA